AGAGGAAGAUCACAGACACUAUUCUGAUCAGAAAUGAGCAUGGUUCAUGUUUCUGUGAGAACAAGGAUUUUUCGGAUUCAGAGUAACAUCAGUGUCAGGUUGGGAAAGGAAAGAUUCUGACUCAGCUGACUAAAGUAAAGUGAACAACAAACUGACGUCAUCACAGGGCGACUCGUGCACUUCAUAGAGACACAACAUUUGAGCUGCACACAGUCGGGGACUGCUCCAGGUAUUUUGCAUGUCUCUCCGAUCACACACCAGCGUGUGGAUUUGUUGACACCCGAGCCCUGACACGCACACCUGUCCGCGCACGAACACAGACACAGCCGAGACAAUGAUGGCGGACUGUGUCGGCUUCCAGGCGCAGAUAGCCUCGAUCAUAGAGAUACUGGCCAACUCUGCGGUGGCGGAGAUCUGUAAACUGGUGGACGAUGGCUUCGCGGCGCUGCGUUCCCAAAUGGAGCAGGAGCGCGACAAGAGCGAGAAGGAGAACGACGCGCUGCGGCAAAAGCUGCGAGACAUGGACGUGAAGAUGAGGAGCUACCAGAGGAAGAUGAGGAGAAGAAUUCAGCGGGAGGAGUUCAGGCCACCCGAAGGACCUGAUGACCAUCAGCCUCUGGUGUCUCUUCAUGCCUCCUCAGAAGAAAAAUCCUUUCAUCACAUUUCAAAGAAGGGUGAAACCAAGGUGAUUCCUCUGGUGAAGCAGGAGAAAGUGGAAAGAGACAACUGCAACCUGGACCUCAAGGUGGAGGUGAACAUAAGGGCAGAGUGUGGCCUGUCAAAUGCCCUGGAGCCCAAUGAAGAGAUCCCCCACGGUAAUGUUGGUGACACGAGUGUCAUCACCCCUUCCACCCCCUCCACCAACCAACCCUCUUCCUCUCCCACUGACUCCACAGUGGAUCUGACCUGCCAACCACGAGCCAAACAUAAAGCCACCGAGGUCCUGGGAAACAGUUUGGCAGGCAGCAGUGGGGGCCUCCCGGGCCCUGAAGCUGCUCGCAGGGAACUUGGAGUGAGCCUUACAGAUGGUGCUCUGAAGCCAGAGAUCCAGACAGAUGAUUGCAUGGAAGAAGAACUUCAUCUCUCUCAGCUGUCAGCUCCUGUAGCAUCAGAUGAGCCCAGCCCCGACCGCCUCCACAGCCUGGGCCUUGACCUGGUCUGGAUGCAGGAGAGGGUCAGCCAUCUUGGUGCAGCGUAUGCGGUAGCACAGUUGGGUUUGGGUAACACAGAAACUGGACACCCCUCUGCCUCCUUUCCGUCACAGGGAGGAGGAGACAGUUUAGAUUGUCCUCCAACUAUGCUUUUCACAGGUGGAGCUCAUGAAAUGGCUGCUUUUGCUGCUUCUUUUGACAUGGCAGCUGCGGCCACCACUGCUGCAGCUGUUGUCACUGCACCACCUCCACCCCCUCCCCCUUCAGCUCCUUCUGCCAUAACGACCAGCCAGAGUCGACCUUAUAGGAGCAGCGCUACCUCUUCUAAAGAUCCUGUGUCGUGUGCAGUUUGUGGUCGUCUUUUCCCAAGUGCAGCUGCCCUGGAGCUGCACCAGCGGGUGCACACAGGGGAGAGACCCUACACUUGCCCCCACUGUGGAAAGGGCUUCGCCCAGCCCAACAACCUGCGGGUCCACCUCCUCAUCCACACCGGGGAGAGGCGUUAUCGAUGCACACUGUGCGGGAAGAGUUUCAUCUCAUCCAGCCACCUGAAGAGGCACCGCACAGUCCACACGCAGGAGAAGCCCUACAGCUGCUCGCGCUGUGGACAGUCCUUCAGCCAGAUGUGUAGUGUUCGCAGACACCGGCAGCAGUCCCAGUGUGGACUGUAGACUGACCCCCGGAUGAGGUGGAUGAAAUCUUAAACUGAUCCCCACCUGAAGGGUGAUUCACUCAAAUCCCUUUAUAUGGGAAUUCAUGCAUCUUAUGUAAGCAUGAGCAAACAAGAGAAGGUUGUAUCCUGUGAUAUCAUGACAUGUAGAGUUGAUAUUUUUCCUAGACCAUAGAAGUAAUAUGUGAACUCUGUUUUAAGGUGGCUUUCCCUUUCAGACCCUCAACCUUUUCCUCCUCUAUGCAUCAGACAGAGGAUCACAGAGUGGACUGUACAGGAGUGUCUCAGUGUUGACGCCACUCAAUCCAUCCUUUUAUCAUGAAAUGGUCAAGUUUAUGACUGACCAUUCGGUUUACAUAACUUACUAUGGUGGUAUUUGAGUAAUGAGUUGACCUGUAAAAUUGACUUAAAAUACAUCAAACUUUGACCACAA